AGCAAGUUUUGAUUUUGGGUGAAUGCUCAUUAUGAUUGGAAGAUGAUUUAAGAAAUUAUUUUGUUUGUUCAACUUUGAAUUAGAAAAGCCUAGGAGUAUUUCAUCUUCGAUCCAAAAACCAAAAGAAAAAAAAAAAACAAAAAAAAAACUUACUCUCCCAUAUAAUCCUCCAUGGGCAAAGGCGGUGGCUGUGUCCCGAGCAAGAAAAAACAUCCGACCUCGGCCGAAGACGCCGCUGGCACCAGCAGCACCACUGCACCUAUUGCUGCCGAUGAAGAAACCCACGCAACUCCCACCGUAACAGAGAGUUCUGAGAAUGCGCAAUCAGUUGCCGCCACUGUAAAAGUCUUCAUAGUGUUUUACUCCAUGUACGGUCACGUGGAGAAGCUGGCGAAGCGGAUGAAGAAAGGAGUGGAGGGUGUGGAAGGUGUCGAAGCGGUUCUAUAUAGGGUUCCCGAGACGCUUCCAGAUGAGGUUCUGGAGCAUAUGAAGGCGCCGCCUAAAGCCCCCGAGGUUCCGGAGAUUAAGGCGGAGGAAUUGGCAGUGGCGGAUGCUAUUCUGUUUGGGUUCCCAACAAGGUACGGGUGUAUGGCGGCUCAGAUGAAAGCGUUUUUCGACUCCACGGGGCAGCUUUGGAAGGAGCAGACACUGGUUGGGAAGCCGGCUGGAUUCUUUGUUAGUACUGGAGCUCAAGGAGGCGGCCAAGAAACCACGGCUUGGACGGCGAUAACCCAGUUGGCACACCAUGGAAUGCUAUUUGUUCCCAUUGGCUACACUUUUGGAGACGAUAUGUCCAAGAUAGAUUUCAUACAUGGAGGUUCACCUUACGGUGCUGGCGUUUAUGCUCGUGAUGGCACUAGAGAGCCAACUGAAAUCGAGCUGGCUCUGGCUGAGCAUCAGGGAAAGUACAUGGCUGGUGUGGCCAAGAGGCUUUCUCAAGGAUGACUUCAAGCUUCAUUAAAUUGGAAUGUUUUGUUAAUUACGUUUUAUUUGUCGUCGCUUAUUAUCGUGACCCUUUCUUCCAUUCCUUUUUACCAAUUAUAUGAAUCAUUUGAGAAUGAUGUAUAUGAUUUCA